CUAAAAAUGAAAAUGGGUAAAAAGCGCCGCGGCGAAGACUCGGCGGAGUCAGACACUCCGGCGAAAAAAGAAAAAGUAGCGGAGUUCAAUGGGACCGUAUUUAAAGCCAUGCUAAAGGAGCCCACCACAGCCAUUAAGGGGCUCGAGACAUUCAUAUCAACCGCUAAGAAGCUGCCAUGCUCUGACCUGUAUGACGUGGUUGAAGGGUAUAUUAAAAUCUCUAUGGAGUGUGCAGAGAUAUUCAAAUUGCUAGAGGGAGAAAAGCAUAUAGAGAGUGAGAUGAUGCUGAUUUUUGAGAGCUUGGAGAUGAUCCUUCUAAGGACAGCCAGUGACCUGACCCACUUCAACAUGGUCGGCAAUGCUAUUGUGAAAAAGAUUGUUUCUAGCUACAUGAAACUUCUGCAGGGAUCUUUCCAUUCAGAAAACCACAGGUUUGUCCGUCAGUGCCUCAGUCUCCUUUCCGCCUUGGUGUCUCAAGGACCAGAAGCUGCUAGAGAAGUCUUAAGUCACAUUCACAUCAAUAAAGCGCUGUCUGGCCUGGCAAAGAGAAAGGACAAAAAGGGAAAACCUGAUGUCCGCAUGGCUUUUAUCCAGUUUGUGCUGUCCUUUUUGGUGUCUGGAGAUAAUGCUACAGUCGGACAGAUAUUAGAGAUCAAAGAGCUCCUGCCAGAGAUCCUGAGCACGGGUCUGAAGGAGGACAGGAUGUCUGUCGUCAAUCUCAUUUUGUCCACACUGAAGACUAGAGUUUUACUAAACAAGGGCAUAAGUAAAACACAGAAAGUGCGUUUUUUCACACCCGCCGUGUUGGCGAACAUCGCGUCACUGUACAAAUGGAAUGGGAUUGUGGAUGCAACCACUGAUGAUAACAGAAUGUCGGAGAACUCAGAGCAUGCUGGGAUAUCUGUCAUCCGGGAGCUUGUUCACAGUUUCCUUCUUGACCUCUGCUCCUCCCGUAAGCAUGGCAUCAGCUUUCAUGAUGCCAGCCUUGGCACAGCUGGCAGAUCUGGUAACAUUGUCUUGCUUCAGUUCUUGGUGGGGCUGAAGCAGGCCACAGAGGAUGAACUGGUGGCAGAGCUGGUGGUGAACGUACUGAAAGCCAGCCCUGAUAUUCUGGCCAGAUACUUCAAGGAGACUCAGUAUUCAUACACCCCCCGCCUCAAAAGUGCUUGGCAGGACAAUGUCAGGCUACUUAAAAAGAUCUACCAGGCCCAACCAGAGCUUUCUGCAGUCUUUCAAACCAGCGAGGUCGUCCCUCUUCCUCGCCUGCUCUCCAUGAUUAUGGUGAUAUCUCUUCCUCCUGUCUGUAACAAGGCCUUCUUUACACAGGGACUCAGUCUUGCCAACACAGCAGUGCAGCUCACAACUCUGUCCAUGAUGAAUUUCAUCUUGAAAAGGGCCCACAAGAAUAUAGAGUACCUUUUGGAUAAGUCUGAGUGGAACAGCUCGGAUGUGUACACUCUUGAUGUGAUGGGGGACUUGGUGCAGCAGUACAGGGAGACACUCAGCAAGAUUUUGCCAGAUAUGACAAGCAUAGUCGCAAAGUGGCAGUCCCUUAGCAAGAAGGAAAAGACAAGCGGUGAAGAGAAAAAGGCCAAAACAGAAGGGAGCGGUGAACAGACAGAUAAUAAAAACGAAGUGCCUGAUGCUGAGACAGCUGAGGUCAUCAUGCUCAAGGCUCUGAUUCUUCAGGUCAUUUGUCUCUACCAGAAAGUGGUGCCACAUCUGGUUAGCCAGUGCAAAUUUGACUUCAGCAAGCUCUUAAAAGGGAUUGUGUCAGAGAAAGGAAUGAGAGAGGAAGUCCCCCCAGUUUUGCAGUAUCAGAUACUGCAGCUGGCCUUAGAUCUCCCCGCAAGCAAGUUCUCCUGGUUCCGCAUACAGGAUGUUGCAGACACUGAAUCAUCAUCUGGGGAGAAGUCAGUACUUUACCUGCUUCUGAAGAUGUUUGUCAGCAGCAGCAGCAGCCACCUGAAAACCUCCACACGGAUGCUGGUUCUGAAAGUGCUAAAGGACAGUGGGGUGUUUGAGUACACCUGGACUGAACUUGAGCUCUGGCUCGACCAGCUGGCCAGAGUAGAGCCAAAUCAACAAGAGGCUGUCAUCCAGUUCUUGGAGAGGGUAUUGGUGAAACUCGUGUGCAACUCCUACACAUACACAGAUAAGGUUGCCAGCCUGGUCCAGGAGGCAGCUUAUCUGCAAGCUAACCUGAGUAGCCAGGAGGGCGACGCUGCAAGUAUCCCUGUCUCUCACAUAGACGACGUCUUGGACAUGCUGGAUGUCAUUAUGGACGGUAAUGACGGUGAGAUGGAGAAAUUUGGUCCAGCACUGAGUGAAGACCUCAUUAUCCAAACCUUCCCCUUCAGUGUGGUGGUACCUGCCGCUCUGGAGGCCCGAAACAAACUGCCAGCAAACAAAGGAGUUGUAUAUGAGUACUUAUCAGCUGUGCUCUCUGAUGUGCUGCACUGUCAGAGAGAGCCACUCCCCCUCUGUCUGGCUCUGCUGCAGUACGAUAAAGAGCUCGUAUCCUCCGAACUCGCUGCUUCUCCUCAUCCUGCAGUCACACGCCUUCAUCAGUAUUACUCCAGAUGGCUACCGCAGCAGUGCCGCGAGGAACUGUUCAAGUCCUCUGAAUGCCUUUCAAAGGGUCUGCCAACCCCUAGUUCAUACACUGCACUGAUGAAAGCUGCGUAUAGCCAAGGACCAAGCGCUUUGCUUGAGGACACCUUCACGAAAAAUGUGGAAGAAACUCUAGCAUUCAUCUCGAUGGCCGAGUUUCCAGUAGCAAUCAAACAGAUCUUACUCUACAUCAAAUCAACAGUGGAAAUCUUUGGCACGUUCUCCAAAGACACAGGAGCUGCCAUUCUGAAGACCUUAAUGGGACAGCUCCGGGAUUUGGUGACAAAGCUACUUGGUUUUCAGGAAACCAAAAAGCCUGAGCCAAUAGCAGAGGACCUCCAAGAAGGAUCAGACCUCUUCCUGGAACUCAACCAGUCAUCCACAGUAGAAGCCGAUAAAGAGCAGAUCCUUGUUUCGGCUCUUGGCUCCAUCUUCAAGCAUCCAUGUUUGGAGCAGUGGUUUCUGGCGCUGGAGCUGUCUGCUUUGCCUCCUCAUACUCUGAACCCUGUCAGACUAAAGCAUCUGUGUGCUCAGCUGACUGAUGACAUUCUGGCCCUGCUGAAGAUCAGCGCUCCCAUUCUUGGUGAUCUGAGUCGCCUGGAGCUUCUCUGUAGCUACAUGGGAGCUUUAGAAAAAGCUGCUCUGAAGGAAUUAAUGGAGAAGGGCUCUCAGGCUGCCAAGACACAGUCCAGACCUUUCCACGCCCUCUUGUCUCUCCACAGCUACAUGGACCCCUGUAAUCUGAGGGAGGUGGUCUCCAAGUUGCUACUCCUCCCCCAGGAGAGCCUCAUCUCUCCCGGCAGCGAGGGCACACAGGCAAACCUUAGUGUCUACGGUCAUGCAGCACUGCAGAUCCUUACAGAGUGUAAAUCGAACCCUUCCCAGGACCACAGCAGCUUUCUGACACAGGCACACUUCCACGGCCUGGGCACACUGCUGCUGUCCUGCUCCAGCCCUGCGCUGGAGGCGUUCCUACUCCAGACUCUGUCAAGUGAGCCAAGCAGUGCCAAACUCAUCCACACAGAUGUGCUGCUGCACUGUCUCCAGCAGCCUCUCUCAGACACGCAGGCCAUCAGCUCCCUGCUGCUGCAGAACUCCUCCACCCACCGCCUCUGCUUUGAGGUGUGGUGUCUAGAGCCAGCAAACAUGGAGAAGCUCUCAGGCCAGACAGAAACAUUCCUUCCACUGAUCAACACCUACUUACAGGUGGCAAGUAGAGAGGACCCAGCCAGACCCAAAGAAGUGCAAAAAGAAGUUUUAAAAGUCCUGAAGCAAGCACUACUCACCAAGUUGUGCCAGUGUGUUCUGGGAAACCUGACAGAAGCCUCUGGAGGCCAGUUUGCUGAAACACUAGCCAAUCUGAUCAAACUCUCUGCAAACAUCAAGGACAUCAGGGAUUUGAUCAACAAUCUGCCCAGUGCUCUUCAAAAAGUGGACAGUCUUGAAAGAUGGCAACUAGUGGACGUUGUUACUGAGAAACUUGCCGAUUGCCCAGAAGAACUAGAAACCUGGAGGAAGUCUGUCACAUCUGCUGCCCUCAAGUGUCUCAUCACCUCUUACAGUCACUCUAAAGAUCAGGCUACUUCCCCAGCAGAGCAGGAGCAGAGUGUCCUGGAAAGACUGCAGACACUCCUAGUGGGUUUACUGUCCUCAUACAUACUCUACAUUUAUGUCUUCACUUCAUGCAUUUAAUAAUCUAUCCUCUUUACACAGACAUCAGCUGCAGACAUCACUGCAUCUGAAUGGAACAGCUUUGUCAAGAAUGGACUGAAAUAUCGGUACAGGGAUCACCACUUCCUGAACACGUUGAGCAGCCUGUUGAACCUGCUGUAUGGUGGCGGUGAAGUCCAGAAGGAUCUGAUACCUUUAUCCACCCUUCACAUGAUGACCAGCAGCCAUUCCCUGUUCCUGCCCACCAUGCUGGAGUCUGAUGAAGAGCCGAGCAGAUAUCAGGCUAAAGAAGCGUUGGUGUCCCUUCUUCUUUGUCUGGUGAAGAAAUGCCCAACAGUCUGUAACAUCAGUCACUUUGUUAUACUUUUGGGAGCAUAUGGAGCUACGCUGAAUACUUCAGAUCAGAAUCUGUUACUGCUUCUCCAGGAAUAUGAAAGAAACCAUGUCAGUCUGCUGAAGUUUCAAUCCUUCUUGUGGGGCCCAGCAGCUGUAGAGCACCACAAGACCAGGAAAAGCCUGGGAGCUUCUCUGUGGAAGCAGACGAGCUCAGACGACCUGUUGGCCCUGCUGAAAAGUGACAGGAUGCUCCACACUAUUGCACACUUUCCCCAGCAGCGCAGAAUCAUCCUGGAGGAAGGCAAGGAGCCCCUGUACAGCAAUAACAGAGUGAAGGACCUUGGGAAUUUGUACGAUCCCUGUUUUCUUUUGCCUCUGUUCAGCACCAUACUGCAGCCAGAGUGUGUGAUUGACUGCCUCAAGUUUGUAUCCAGCCACGCUUUUGGAUUAACUGUAAUGGCUCUAAGUAGCUACGACCCAAAGGUGAGGGCGGCAGCGUACCAUGUGCUGAGCUGCUUCUACCAACACCUGGAGGGUGCUCGGCUCAGGGAGAAGAGACAGCUGCUGUACUUGAUGGACACGGUGAAGAAUGGAGUCCGACAGCAGAAUCAAAGACUUCCCUUUGUCCUGACCACUUACAUCACAAAAGCGGCUCAGCAGAUGUUAAAACCUGAGGACCACAUGUAUGUGGUUUUAAACAGGUUCCUGCUGUCCCAUCAGAGUUUGGACUUCAGAAGAGUCCCUGAGUUCUUCAAGCUCUUCUAUGGCUUCGAUUUGGAGCACAAGAUGGAACGCGAGUGGAUCCUGGGUGUGCUGGAGGAAGGGAUAAGUGAUGGACACUGCUAUGAAUUGUGCGACCAACAAGGCAUCUUUCAGAGCCUUUUAGGCUUCAGCAGCAGCCCCCUGUGUGAUGAACACGCCCAGGCACAGAUUAUCAGGGUGUUGUGCCAGGCCGCCCGUGUGACCAAAGCAGCUUAUAACCUCACCAAAAACUGUGGGCUCCUAACCUGGAUGAUACAGAUGGUUGAAAAAAGGAAUCGAGACCAGCAGCUGCUAAGUGCUAUUAUAGAUCUGCUCCACAUGCUGUGGUUCACUAACCUCGGGCAGAAGGAGAAACAGGUGGAUGGAGCUAAAACCACCUCAUCUAAAGAGGAGAAACCUCAGAGCUCAGUGAAGUAUCUCCCUCUCCCACUCAUCAGUGACUUCCUGUGUGUGGCGUUAACCAUCAGCAGACACCUCCGGUUGGGUGUGAAGGCUGCUCAGCUCAGCCCGUUCCUGCAGACUCUCUGCUCCAUCCUGAAGCAUCGUGGGACAGCUCUCAAUGUAAAUAAACAGGCCGAGUGGCUCACACUCCUCCCACAGCCUCUCUCCUGCACCGAAGCCCUCGCUCUGCUCCUCUGCUGGGCCUCCCUGUCCUGCAACACGGCACUCUGUUCCCAAAUACAGGUCUUGGCUGAAAAGUGCAAAGUAAAGGAAUUGCUGGGGAUGGGGAAAGAUAAGGCGCGAACUAAAGGCUCCUUUUCCCAGGCCUGCACCGAAAAAGAGAACCUGGCAGACGACACUGAAACUGAGAAACAAGGAGAGAGUCCCCUGACAGCGUGUAAACAUUACCUCAGCAGUAUUUUUGUUCAUUGCGAGCCUGUGUUUCCCCUCUCUGAAACCCAGCAGGUUCAGCCAAGAGACAAAUUAGAUCCCAGUCGGUUGGCCAGUGAUACUGCGCACCUGCUCACCAAGUGGUCCCUGAGGUGCUUGGUGGAGGACUCGUAUGAUGAAAACAGAACAAAGGACUUCCUGCAGUGGUUUGAAAAGGCGGUGAUAAAACACAGGGAAAUUGUGGAUGUUGUGUUGCUGGAUCCUGGCUUCAAAGCUGACCUCCUUCGACUCUACCACCAGGCCUUUGAGGCUCAGUGUCAAUCCAAUGUUUUGGCGAGAGUAGAAACCUUUCAGCGAUUUACCAACAUUAUGAUACGCUUACUGGAGAACCAAGGCCACCUUCCAGAGCUGCAUCAAGCGGUCGUCUCCGCCUGCCUGCCAGAGGCCACUCGUGAUCAGUCUAGAUAUGAUGCAGGGCUGCAUCUGUUGUCGUUGUACAUCCAUGAGUUGUGGAGUGGAGCCACAUCAGCAGAGCUGUUCCUGUCUCAUGUCAGUUUGGUGACCAGAGCCAAGUCUAAGAGACAAAAAGCAUCCAAAUCACCACAAACAGCCAUCAGAGCCAUCUGUAAUGACAUCAUCUCCUUGAAGAGUUAAACAGGACGUCUGAACACAACUGUGUUCUUUGAAAUAGAUCAAAUGAAAAGAAACACUGUAUUCUCUGAUAUUUUUCUGCCUUGUUUUGCUCCUGUAAAAAGAUUGAAGAUAUUUUAUAAAACCCUCUGUUAUAAAAAGGUUGAUUUUCAAAUCUGUCAUACAUUUGUCAAUUUUUUUAACACAUGGUUCCUGUAUUAUUUGUAAUUGUAUGUGUAAACUUUUGGUUUUACAACACAAAGAAUGUUGUGGACUAUGUGCAAGAAAUUGGGUUCAAUGCAGUAAAGCUGC